AUGAAUACGACAGAUACGGAAAUACUAGUGGCACGCGGCCAACUUUACGAUUUGUACAAAGGACCCCAAUACACUUUUGAGCCAGCGGGCGCCGCAUACAACGCUGUCCUUGAACUGAAUGCAUCCUACGAGAACACCACCAUUUUCAACAUCACCGAAGAAAGAGAACCCUGGGAAGAGUACAUCACUCUACUGCAAGACAGAGCGCUCCUUGUCACCUUUCUCCUACUCUUCUCCCUGACAACCGUCUUUGGGAACAUGCUGGUCAUCCUAGCGGUUAUUAGAGAACGCUAUCUACAUACGUCUACUAACUACUUCGUAACAUCACUAGCAGUAGCCGACUGCCUCGUCGGUCUGGUCGUGAUGCCGUUCUCAGCGCUAUACGAAGUCCUCGAACACACCUGGUUCUUCGGCAUGGACUGGUGUGACGUGUGGCGUUCCCUAGACGUAUUAUUUAGCACCGCGUCGAUUCUGAAUUUAUGCGUUAUAUCGCUGGACCGUUAUUGGGCCAUAACAGACCCUAUUACAUAUCCGAUGCGGAUGAGCGGACGGAAAGCGGCUUUUCUUAUUGCGGCCGUUUGGGUGUGUUCCGGGGCAAUAUCCUUUCCUGCGAUUGCGUGGUGGCGGGCCGUCCGCUUAGAAGAGGUUCCGGACUACAAAUGCCCCUUUACGGAAAACUUGGAGUACAUCAUAUUCUCGUCUACGAUAUCGUUUUAUUUGCCGCUCUUUGUUAUGGUGUUCACGUAUUAUCGCAUUUACCGGGCCGCGACAAUACAGACGAGGUCAUUGAAGAUUGGGACAAAGCAGGUGAUGAGGCCAAGCGGGGAGUUAGAGUUAACAUUGCGGAUUCACAGGGGAGGGACGAUGAGGCAGAGAAGUGAGGUGUGUCACGGAGUCUGCACUCCCGAAGAACCAGACCAGGAACCACUGACUGCGUUACAGAACAACGGUCUGUCGCGAUCGUCGACUCGUUUGACAAACGUUACCCACAAUAAACAUUUGCCAAAGAACUUUUCGCUUUCACGUAAGCUUGCUAAGUUCGCGAAAGAGAAGAAAGCGGCUAAAACCCUAGGUAUUGUGAUGGGAGUGUUCAUAGUGUGUUGGUUGCCUUUUUUUGUGGUGAACUUACUGUCUGGGAUAUGUUCAUCGUGUAUAGCUCAUGAGGAAAUUGUGAAUGUUGUGGUGACUUGGCUGGGGUGGGUAAACUCCUCAAUGAAUCCAGUUAUCUACGCCUGCUGGAGUAGAGAUUUUAGAAGGUUAGUAAUCUGA